AUGCAAGCGAACGCAACAAAGCCCAGAAACCACGUCAUCAACUCGUCUUCUCGCUCCGGGACUCCCACCAGUGCUGCAAGAUGGCGAACACUAUCCGUACCUUGCCGCGUCUACCUGUACGGCCUCCACGGCUUCUUCCUCGAGGUCAUGUUCACUGCCGCCUGGGAACUGGUCGUCUCUGGAAGCCUGAAGCUACACGGAUGCACGAGUGUAUGGUGCCUCUUCAUCUACUCCUUCUCCUGCCUGGUCAUGGAGAAAAUUCACGACGGCUUAGAGCCCAUAGGCCUGCCCUUGCACCUUAGGGCCCUCGCUCAGACCUUCUGGAUCUACGUGUGGGAGUUCAGCACGGGAUGGUUUCUGAGGAAGCUGAACGGAUGUCCCUGGGACUACGCCGAUUUCACUUACAACUUCUGCGGGCUCGUCACCCUCGAGUACGCGCCUCUCUGGUACGUGUGCGGAUUCCUCUUCGAGUACGUGUUUCUACCGAAUGUUCGUCGGCUACGUUGGCACGAAGGUGGAAACGCUGAGGGUCAGCAACCGUUAGAUCUCCCCGGCAUCUCCAGCAAUGGUUACGUGGUGCACGGCAGGAAGAGGAAGUAA